AUGUCGGCACCACACUUACCCUUCCGCCUAGAUGGAAAAGUUGCGCUCGUGACAGGAAGUGGCCGAGGCAUUGGUGCCGCCAUCGCCAUUGAAUUGGCCCGUUGUGGUGCCAACGUUGUCGUUAACUACUCUCGUGCAGCUGGUCCAGCUCAGAAGGUCGUACAGGAGAUCAAAACUCUCGGCUCCGAAGCUAUCGCCAUCAAAGCAGACGUGAGCGAUGUGUCAGAAACCACCCGGUUGUUCAAGGAGGCACUGGACUACUUCGGUCAUCUCGACAUUGUUAGCUCCAACGCUGGAGUCGUCUCGUUUGGCCAUCUCAGUGAAGUGUCCGAGGAAGAAUUCGACCGUGUGUUCCGCAUCAACACUCGAGGCCAGUUCUUCGUUGCCCGCGAAGCUUCCAAAUACGUCGAACAUGGCGGUCGUAUCAUCCUCACCAGCUCCAAUACCGCCAGAAAUUUCGUCGUGCCAAAACAUGCCAUUUACUCUGGCUCGAAGGGUGCAAUCGAGAGCUUUGUCCCUGUCAUGGCCAAGGACUGUGGCAGCAAGCGAAUCACCGUGAACGCUGUGGCACCUGGUGGCACAGUCACGGAUAUGUUUGUUGAUGUGGCACAUCAUUACAUCCCUGGAGGUGAGAAGUUGAGCAUUGAGCAGCUUAAGGAGUGUGCCGCACAUGCCUCACCUCUAACCCGCUGCGGCUACCCACUCGAUGUUGCUCAUGCUGUAGUAUUUCUGGCGAGCAAGGAGGGUGAGUGGGUUAAUGGCAAGAUCAUUCCGGUCGAUGGCGGCGCCGCUUGA